UCUUCUAAUUCAUAACAAACAACGCCAUUACAAUGCAGGUGUUUUGGAAGUUUCUUUUUGCCUUGAAACCAUCACCAAUUAACAAACUUCAACACACAAAAGGAUUAAUUAAACUUAAUUAAACCAUUAAUUUCCCUUUAAUCCUCCACGAUGUCAGACACCGACGCCACAAUUUACAGCCGAAAACUCGACAUUUUCCUCGUCGCAAUUGGCUCCGCUGGCGCCGUCGUCACCAUUUACCACUGCAUCAUGGCUUGUUGGUGCGAUCGCCGCCGCUUCAACUCCGGUGGCCAAACACCGGCAAACGACCCUCACUCCUUGCCGAUUACGGAUACGCCGCGGAGCACCGAGAAUUCGGUGGUUCAUUUGAUUCCGGCUCACAAGUAUGAGAAGCGAAUGGCGGUGGACGGCGGGGGUUGCGGUGGAGAUCACGGCGAAGGGGAUGGCACGUGCGCGAUUUGUUUGAGUGAAUUUGAAGAAGGGGAGGAAAUAAAGACGUUGCCGGAGUGUAUGCAUUCGUAUCACGUGCCGUGUAUCGACAUGUGGCUUUACUCUCACUCGAGCUGUCCGAUGUGUCGUACUAAUGCUACUCCGACGUCGUUUCAUGAUAGGCUGCAGUUUGAAACGCAGCCGAGUUCUGGGAUUGUUGUGCACGUGCUUCCAUGA